AUGCUUCAAGCGAAGUCUAGCUCUCUGCUUCGCCUAGUUACCUCCGAUGUGGAUGUAUCUUACCAGAUUGGUCUUGGAGUCGUCGGGGGUGAAACUAUCUCCACGGCACAGAAUUGUCGGCUGAAGUUACUAACCGACGCGGCUGCAAAGGGAAUCGAGGUACAACCCGUCGCUGGAUUAGCGAAGACCGCGGAACUUCCCCUGCAGUUGCUGCCCGACCAGGUAGUCACCGUGCCACCGCUAUCGGCAUUGAGGACCUCGAAGGAACUUCCCGGCCUGUGGUUGGAACACAUGGUUCUAGAGCCGGAUUUGAUCGACAAGGCCGACGAUCCGCUGCAGCCCGAUCCGGACCAUGUCUCGGCUGCCUAA